CUAAAAGAGGAAAAUUAUUACAGAAUUGGUCUGAGAUGGACGGUAGUCGUCGUUUCACACUCUCCGUCCACCAUUCUUAAUUCUCCCCUCUCCUCCUCCUCCUCUAAAAAGCAAUGGCCUUUCAAUGGCUGUUUUAAGCUUGACAUGAAAAGUCCAAUACUUUAUUAUUAUUAUAAACCAUAAGUUUAUUCCAGUUUCUUCUCACCACUCGUUAUCCCUUCCUCUGUCGUCUUUCUCUCACCGCCUCUCUCGUGAUUUUUCUUUCUUUUUAUAUUUAUCCAACAAAAUUUUUUAAUCUUUUUAAGAUACCCUUUUGGCUUCUUGUAUUGAAAGGCUAUGGCUUUGCUCGUGAGCUUGAUCUUAGGGCUAAUCGCAGGAUGGUUAGCUUUCGUUGUUGGAUUGGUCAUAGGAUGGGCAUGGAGACCCAAAUGGGUUUCUUCUUCUUCUUCUUCGGAUAAGGAAAGAGUCAAACUUGAGUGUUCUGCUCCGACUCGAUCUUUUGAUUUGUCUUUACCAUCGUCUCCUUCUCCUCGUUCAGCAACAUCUCCGUUAAAGGGAUUUGGUUCUGCUCCUUGCUUGAAAGCUCUUGUUUGUGACACAUGGACUAUGGCUUUGAGACAGCAGAAAACAGUUUCCCAUGUUUCUUCUUCAUCUUCAUCGUCAUGUGAUUCUUCUGAUGUGAUUGCUGGAGGGAAGAAAACAGAGGAGAGGUUGCCUAAUACUGUAACGGAGUUAGAUUUGAGACAUCUUGUGCAGUUGGUUGAGAGGAAAGAUGGUGGUCAGGCUUGGAUUCAGAUGAUGGACCGGUUUACUCCUGGUAUGAGAUAUCAAGCUUGGUUAAGAGAACCUAAGAAUGGUCCUACUGAGUAUAGAAGCAGAACUGUGUUUGAAGAUGCAACUCCUGAGAUGUUAAGAGAUUUUUUCUGGGAUGACGAGUUUAGACCAACUUGGGAUACAAUGCUCGCUAGCUCCACAACUGUUGAAGAGUGUACAAGUAGUGGAACCAUGAUUGUUAGAUGGAUACGCAAGUUCCCCUUCUUCUGCAGCGAUAGAGAGUAUGUGAUUGGUCGCAGGAUAUGGAACUGUGGCAAAUCUUAUUACUGUGUUACAAAGGGAGUAUCAGUUCCUUGUAUACCACGCAACAACAAACAGAAACGUGUGGAAUUGUUCUACUCGAGCUGGUGCAUUCGACCAGUGGAAUCAAGAAGAGAGGAUGGAGUAGCAAGUGCCUGCGAAGUGCUUCUGUUUCACCACGAAGACAUGGGGAUACCUAGAGAAAUCGCAAAGCUAGGAGUGAAACGAGGGAUGUGGGGAGCGGUUAAGAAGAUGGAGCCUGGUUUACGCGCUUACCAAGAGCAAAGACUCUCAGGAUCCAAGCUCUCUCGGCCAGCUUUAAUGGCUCAGAUCAACACCAAGGUCACAUCAGAACAUCUCAUCUCCCUCAGCAACGGUGCUUCGCCUGUGAAUGAAACUCCCGUUACACACAACGGAGGAAACGUUGCUGCGAAUUUGAAGAAGUUGUUGUUUAUCGGUGGAGCUGUUGCGGUUGUUUGCGCUUUGACCGGUGGAGGAGGAGGAGCUCUUGUUCCUCCUGCUCUUUUAGGGUUUGGGAAGAGGUUUGCUAAUGGUGGGAGAAAACGUGAGCCCCAAGAAACUUCAAGAACAACAACUCAGAGUCGAACUACUACGACAUAGAGUCGAACUACUACGACAUAGAUUGAAGUUCAAGUGAUUCAGGAUUAGUUUGUAGAACUGUAAUAAGCUGUUCCUGUUAACCUUUAUCCAUAAGGAACAGUUUUUAUACAACUACUCUAAAAAAAAGUAUUAAUCUUUUAAUAGUAAACUAGAGAUUGGCCUGCCCA